AUGUCUGCAGUGCAGCAACAAAACGAGCCUACUGCGCUCUAUCUACACGCCGAACUUCUCCCUAACAUCCGCCACAUUACUCUCUACGUGUCACUGCCAGAGGCGAUACGAUCGCAAAAUGUUCGACCGGAGAUCUGUCUAUCCGAUUCGCGUCGUGCCAUUACAAUAUCUCUCCCAUUGCCGUACGACCAUGUCACAGAUACGAUUAAGUUGCCAGCCCGAGUUAAUGAAGCAUCUCGGCUGGCCUUGAGCGUAGCUGGACAUCGAGCUACGGAUCCUCGGAACCGUGGGCAUGGCCAGCUGGAAUAUUCGUUUAGAAUGCAGAUUGAUGAUGAAGAUGAUUCGUUGCUCUCUCGAGAAGAGCAUAUGGAUAGCUUUGUACCGUGGACCGCGACCGACAUGACUUCCUGUUCUAAGCUUCGUUGCCGCCAUUGUAGGAAUAUUGUCCUCGAUUCGUAUGUGUCGUGUGGUUCUGGUGCUGGAGAAAAGGGUAUGCAGGGGUGGAUGUGGAAGGAUUUGCCUAGUGGAAAUUGGGCUGAGAUGAUGGAUUUCUGGCACUGCCACAAGCCUGAUCCUCAUGAGGGCCAUGAUCAUCAUGCAAAUGGUGCUACAGCUGAAGACCAGAAUGCUACAGUUAAGGGAUACGGUGCUGCGAAUCAGGUGGUCGCAACUGCAGGGACUGUUCUUGUGGACGUCGCAACAUUUCUGCUCACAGAUUCCGACUGUAGAGGCUUGAAACAGGUAAGCAGGAUAUUUCUUCCGGUUGAUUUUCAUCUGGGAUUGUUUUGUUGUUGUACCUUUUGCACACCAUCCCUAGGUCUUUAUACUUCAACCCUACCUCAAUGCAUGACCUGGGUAAAAAAAGAAGGAGGCCAUUUCAUAACCAUGCUUUGGUCUUCGAUACAAUUGCCCUACAACUAUACAACAGCCUCUUCAACAGAAGCACAGAUGGAGUUGCUUUGCGAGAAUUGCAAUAGCCUAGUGGGUGUUGAAGACACAGUUGCUAAAGGAUGGCGACUAUUCAAAACAAGCUUAUCUGCAAGCAAGCAGUUGUCGGAAGGUGAUUGCAAGAGCCUAGGAUGGGAAAGCCAUCCUUUAGAGGCAGUUGUAGCAGCACAAUUGUUAGAGUUGAUUGAAAGAGAAAGUGCUCGACGGUUUGCUCUCCACUGUGGACAAGGGGAUGGGCUACUGAUCUGGGUCUUCAAUCCGGACAUGCGAUAUUCGAAUUCUAGCUCGGACCAUAGUAUAACUGCGCAGCGGGCCAUGAAAAUCCUUUUCCAGGAUGUUAUCGAUGUGGAUGGGAUGCUUCAUCCGGAUCGUGGCAAGGCGUCAUCUUUGUCCCUGGAGGAACUUCGACUGCCACCUAGUGUCUUGUCUGCUAUCUCGGAAACGUUGACGAGGAGUUUCGAGAAUGGAAGGUUGGCAUCAUGCAUCGACAUGACCGGACAAAGAAAGUUUGAGAAGAUAACCUCUAAUGUAUCUCCAUAG